UGGCUCACUUUCUUCCCCUGGACUCCUCGGUUGCCGUGCUCUUAAACCCCGAACUGUGGCGCAGAUAAAUCACGUUAUUUUCGCUAGAUCUGCAGAGAUCACAACAUUUGUAAAAACACUGUUAUUACACAUCGUGGUAUGGUAAUACCAGUGUAAUUCUACCAGAUAGUCGGAACAAAAUCGUGUAAUCCUGGCCAAAAGCAGCUCUAGCUAGUUGGCGUUGGCGUCAGUCGUUGACCAGGGUUGGGAUUAGACACGACAUCAGUCGUUAAAAUACAAGUGUUUGCGUCCUGAAACCGCAAGAUAAAUAAACCUGACUAGGUUAAACACCGCGCUGAAAUGCCGUGACAUGGAUAGAGAGACUUUUCAUAACUGCUACAGCCUCAUUAAGAUCCCGAGGCAGUCGUGCCAGCAGUAUCGGUCCUCUCACUUCGUGGACUACAUAGAGAGAGGAAUAACCUACACCAAGUUCUUUAAGAACUACCUGCUCCCAAAUCAGCCGUGCAUGUUCUCCAAAAAGUUCACAGAAGACUGGAACUGCAGGAAGCACUGGGUUACAGAUGACGGCAAACCAAAUUUCCAGAAGCUGUUGCAGGAAUUUGACGAGACUCCAGUGCCUGUGGCCAACUGCAGUGCAAAGGAGUACAAUGCCAACCCCAAGCAAAUAAUGGCCUUCAAAGAAUUCAUUCAGUACUGGAGAGAAUACAUUCAGAAUGGUCAUUCUUCACCCAGAGGAUGCCUGUACCUCAAAGACUGGCAUAUGCAGAGGAUAUUUCCAGAGCAUGACACUUACAAGACCCCCAUAUACUUCUCCUCUGAUUGGCUGAAUGAGUACUGGGACACUAUUGAAAUGGACGACUAUCGCUUUGUCUACAUGGGGCCAAAAGGAUCCUGGACUCCUUUCCACGCAGACGUUUUCCGUUCCUACAGCUGGUCUGCCAACAUCUGCGGACGGAAAAAAUGGCUCCUGUACCCUCCGGGCCAGGAGGAGUUCCUGAAGGACUCCCAUGGCAACCUGGCAUAUGAUGUCACGGCGACCAUACUUCAGGACAAGGGGCUGUUCCCGCACUCGGACAAGGCGUGCCCACCUCUGGAGAUCAUUCAGGAGGCUGGCGAGGUCAUUUUUGUGCCGAGCGGUUGGCAUCACCAAGUUUACAAUUUGGAGGACACUGUCUCUGUCAAUCAUAACUGGCUGAAUGGCUGCAACUUGGACAUCAUGUGGCAGUUCCUACAAGAUGAACUCUUGUCUGUGCAGAAAGAGAUUGAGGAAUGGAGGGACACUAUGGACACAUGGCACCAACAUUGUCAGGUGAUUAUGAAGUCCUGCACAGGAAUAGACUACAUGGAAUUUGCUUUGUUUCUUAAGACCAUCGUAAACAACCGAAUAUCCUUCUUGAACUCUUGCCCUGGCAAUGCAGUCAGUUGCCAGGGUAACCCCUCUGAAGCCCUGUGUGCUCUAGGUCCUCACCAUGCAGCCUUUGACCUUCAAAGAGUGAUCCAUGUCUUGGAAAGCAUGCUUAGCAAUGAAGACUUUAAGAGACUUGAGCCGUCAGCACUGGGCUUUAGCCCAGAUGAACUGUUGCAGGAGAUCAGAGAGGCCGUCCACACCAUCGUCUGAGAACGUCUGUGCAAUUGGAACAUGGAGACCACUACAGACCUGAUGGGAUACAUGCUAUGCUUGAAGUGUUUUUGCCACUGCCAUAUUAAAUGCAUUUCACUGCAAAUAAAUAUCCUCAGAAAAAAUUUGUUUAUUUAGUCGUGAAACUAAUAUGCAAAUGAGCUAUGUCGGUGAUCAGAAUAAUUUGGGCAUCAUCAUUUAGGCAGCUACUCUACUCUGAGGAACAGAUGGUGGGGGUUUGGUGUUUGCUUAGGUUUUUCUUGCUUUUAAAAUGUCCUUACUGUCACAUCUUCUGGUUAUUUAUUGUCUUCUAGUGUUACACUAGACGUGUUGUAUCUUCUAGUGAGAUACAGUAGACGUGCUGUCUUAUAGUGAGAUAGUAAACAUGCUGCGUAUUGCAGUUGCUGUCUUAUAGCAUGCGAUUUCUAGCAGAGGCUGAUGUUCGGAUCCACUCCCAUUCAGAUGUUUCCUGGCUGAUGAGGGCUGAGAGAUGGUGCUGUGUUUCUGGAUAUAGAUCAAGUUAAUUACCAUGAGUUCCAGACCACUUAAUGAGUGACGAAGCCCCGUGAAACACAGACCAGUGGUCGUCUUACUGGGGAUGGAGGAGCUGGACUUUUUCAUAAUGUCUUUACAGCUCAGAGACAUGAACCAGAGCUAUAAAUAUGAACCAGACAUGAACCAGAGCUAUAAAAUCCCAUGAAUCAGUUUAAUUUGAAAGAAUAUAAAUCAAGAUUUAUGGCAUGUUUGAGAUGUACGUCACAUACAUAAAUAAGUUACGGCAAAUUCAACAUCCAAACUAUUGCAUUUAAAUAAAUAAAUAUUACCAGCACACAGCUCGAUCUUUGAGUCGACUAUCUAGUUAACUUCUUAAAUGUCUUAUUUAUUUAGUUAUAUGUGACUGAAGGAACAUUACAUAAAACUUUUCACAGAAUUGUUUUUAU